GUAGGCGCCUGCGCAGUGCGGCCGGUAACGUCAUUGCAAGAUGGCGGCGCCCAGGAGGUGAAUCAGCACCGGAAGGGUCAGGGGUCACAGGUAAAGGCAUGCCUGCGAAAACCACGACUGAGCUGCUGAAGCAGCUGAGGAAGGUAAUGAGAAAUGCCAACAGCUUGAAUGAACCAAUCCAAGCUCUGAUUGUACCGUCGGGGGACAAUCAUCAGAGUGAAUACAUUGCUCCAUGUGACUGCAGGCGCGAGUUUCUUUCAGGAUUUGAUGGGUCGGCAGGAACGGCAAUUGUAACUGAGGAACAUGCAGCAAUGUGGACAGAUGGUCGUUACUUCCUUCAGGCCUCUCAACAAAUGGAUAACAACUGGACCCUGAUGAAAUUGGGUCUGAAGAGCACACCUAGUCAGGAAGAUUGGUUAAUUCAGGUCCUCCCAGAAGGGUCAAAUGUUGGUGCGGAUCCUUUUGUUUUAGCAGCUGACCAAUGGAAGAGCCUGUCUAAAGCGAUGAAGAAUGCAGGACAUCACCUUGUGCCUCUCAAAGAAAACCUUGUGGAUAUGAUUUGGAAGGACCAGCCAAGCAGACCUUGUAAACCAUUGUUGGUUAUGGAUCUGAGUUACACUGGUAUGUCUUGGCAAGACAAAAUUGUACAGCAGCGUGCGAAGAUGGCAGAGAAAAAUGCCAGUUGGCUGGUGAUCACAGCCCUUGAUGAAGUUGCAUGGCUGUUUAACCUUCGUGGCUCUGAUAUACAGUACAACCCUGUGUUCUUCGCUUUCACCAUCAUUGGCCUAAACUCCAUUCGACUUUUCAUCAAUGAGACACAUAUGGAAGACCCUGUUGUGCGAGAACAUUUGCAGCUCGACUGUGAGACAGCACCCGAUUUCAAAAUAAACAUACUCCCCUAUAAUUCGAUUCUGACUGAACUGCAGACAAUUUGUUCCAACAUGACUUGUAAGGAAAAAGUCUGGAUCAGUAGCAAAGCCAGCUAUGCUCUUUGUGAAGCAAUCCCAAAGAGGCUCAGACUGCAGACUGUUUACACCCCCAUCUGCAUUGCAAAAGCUCUCAAGAAUCCAACAGAAAUCAAAGGGAUGAGACAAGCUCAUAUUAAAGAUGCUGUGGCUCUCUGUGAGCUGUUUACCUGGCUUGAGAAGGAGGUUCCAAAGGGCAACAUAACUGAACUGGAUGCUUCAGACAAAGCAGCUGAAUUCCGCAGGCAACAAGAAAAAUUUGUAGACUUGAGUUUCACCACAAUUUCUAGCACUGGACCAAACAGUGCAAUCAUUCACUACAGGCCCACCCAACAUACAAACAGAACUUUAUCGAUGAGUGAAAUCUAUCUUUUGGAUUCUGGCGCCCAGUAUAGGGAUGGCACAACCGAUGUCACACGGACAAUGCAUUUUGGCACUCCGACCGAGUAUGAGAAGGAGUGCUUCACUUAUGUGUUGAAAGGACAUGUCUGUUUGGGUUCAGCGAUUUUCCCAAGUGGUACCAAAGGGCACCUUCUCGACUCUUUUGCCCGAGCAACUCUUUGGGAUCAUGGUUUGGAUUACCUGCAUGGAACGGGACAUGGAGUAGGAUCUUUCCUGAAUGUCCAUGAGGGGCCGUGCAGUAUUAGUUACAAAACAUUUGCAGAUGAGCCUCUUGAGGCUGGAAUGAUUCUGAGUGAUGAACCUGGCUAUUAUGAAGAUGGCAGUUUUGGAGUGCGCAUUGAAAGUAUUAUGCUUAUAGUUACUGCACAAACCAAGUACCGAUACCUGAACAGAGAGAGCCUUACGUUUGAACCGUUGACACUUGUUCCAAUUCAAACCAAAAUGAUCAACGUUGAGCUGCUCACACAAAAAGAGCGAGAUUGGAUCAACAACUACCAUCGGUUAUGCAGAGAAGUGAUUGGAGCGGAACUGGAGAAGCAGGGGAGACUGGAGGCUCUGCAGUGGCUUGUCAAGGCAACACAACCAAUCGUCUGAUUGAGAAAUAAAGUUUACCAAGGAAACACAUUUGUUUAUCAUGCACAAUAAUGCCAUUAUGACUUACCAUAGCAGAGGAUGAAGCAUCCAUAAUGUACGCCUUGAACAUACAAUGAUGUCUCUUUCAGAUUUAAUAUGUAAUUUUACAAAUAAAAUAUUUCAUGCUUCUAA